AUGGAAGCAUCUACCCCCUGGAUUUGGCUACCCCCAACAGGAGCUACGGGUGAUGUUUUCUUCUCAAUCAUCUGGUCUCUUUGGAUAGCGAGAAACAAGCGCAUCUUCGAAUCUCGCCACUCAUCUCCACAGGAAGUCAUCACGAGAGCUCUUACAAGCUCAAAGGAAUGGACGCUCGCCCAAAUCGACUCGAAGCCACCAAGCCCUCAGACGACAAUAACCACAUUGCAUCCACGGCCCUCGCUCCCUCCAAAUACGAUACUUUGCAAUACAGACGCGGCGUGGGAGGCAAGCACGAAAGCUUCGGGUUUAGGAUGGAUCUUCACGAUUCCAGGCGCCCGAUCACAACAGGGAUUCCAAUCGAACUUGCACGUCCGAUCGGCGCUCCAAGCGGAGGCUCUAGCGAUCAGGGAAGCUCUCAAACACGCCAUUCAUCUUGGCUACACCAAAAUCUGGCUGAGAUCAGAUUCAAAAGGGCUCAUCGAAGCCAUUGUUUCAAUCACAAAACCGAAGGAAGUCUACGGAAUCCUAGCGGAUAUUGAAACCCUAUCAUCUACUUUCCUCUUUUGCUCUUUCUCGUUUGUUUCAAGAUCACUUAAUGGGCCAGCGGAUGCAAUAGCAAAAUCUGCUUUAUGUAAUCUGAACUCUUCUUGGGCCUAG